CAAAAUCGGAUCGUACGAGUUAGCUGAUUCCUCACUUCCGUUCGAUUCCUGGCUGUUCUGUAUAUAAUACCAGAACCAGUAGAUGGGCUAAGUGUACUUACCAUUAUAAUCUCCAGGAUGACUGAGUGGGUGCUGCUAGAGUAUGUAUUUCCCGAUCUCUGGACGGUUGCCGUGACGCUCACCAGCAUUAUCCCCACUGUGUAUUUAUUGCAGUUGUGGAAUUUCUGGGAACGAUCGAGAAUUCAGAUUAACUUGUAUAGGAAGAUACCUUUACGGUUUACAUCACGUCUUUGGGGCCAAGCAAACAACGUUGAAGUACCCACCUGGUUACGUAUGCCAAUUUAUAAGCUCUACAUCUGGCUCUUUGAUUGUAAUUUAGCGGAAGCUGCAAUAGAAGAUCUCAAACAUUACAAAAAUUUACAAGAAUUUUUCCGUCGACAAUUAAAACCAACUGUACGGCCAGUUGACCAAGACCACUGCGUGGUGAGUCCAGCGGAUGGCAAAGUGUUACAUUUCGGAAAAGUAAAAAAAUGCCAAUUGGAACAGGUGAAAGGAGUCAGCUACUCGUUAAAAACAUUCCUAGGACCCAAUACAUGGGACAGUAAUAUUAAUAAUAACCAGGACAAUGAAUUAUUAAAAAACUUCAAAGCCAAUGCUGAGGUGAGGAUAUGA